UGUAAGGUUGUGUGGGUUUUAGCUGACACUGAAUCCCCAGCCUUUUGGCUUCUCAGAGUUUGGGGUGGUAUAUGGGGGUCUUCGAGUAGUUCCCGACCAGCGGGCAGCAGCGGCCCGGCAAGAGUCCUUCGCUCCGGGGUGGCCCACCGCCAGCUCUGAUAUCUUGGGGUGAAGAGAGGGAGGGUUCGGCUGGGGAAGGGAGAAAAGAGCUAACGGCGGUUUAACAGAGGAAGAAAAGCGAUGAGCUCUCCUCCAGGAGGUGGGAAGAAGGGGUCGGGGUAGAAUGGCCGUGAUAGCAGCACUUAUAAAAGGAGCAGAAGGUGGAUCUUAGAAAAACAAUUCCAUCUUCUCCAAAGGAUUCCAAAGACAUUUGUGUUUCUUCUCGUGAUCUGAUUUCUAGCUCCGUGCCAUACCGCGGCAUAGAAUAGUUCAAUGUUUUUUAUUUUCCUCAGCAUAGAAGUGGACAUGUUAAUUGCCCAGGAAUAUGUUGCUUGAGGGUGUUCACCUGGAGCUAUGUUACUUGGAAAUAAUAUACUGCUUGAGAGUAAUAAAGCAAAUUUUACUUAGAGAAAAGCAGUAUUUUAAAAGCAGAACAGGGGGUUUUCAUCGCAACCAUAUGCCUUAACUUUUGGCCACUGUCUGUCGCUAAGAUGAGCACCCACCCUUCUUUUGACCCUGAACGUCGAGUCCGGAGCACAUUGAAGAAGGUCUUUGGGUUUGACUCUUUUAAGACACCAUUACAGGAGAGUGCGACCAUGGCUGUAGUGAAAGGACCAGGUGGACCACUUGCUGGCCCUGAAGGUACGAGUGAGUUCUCUGAACUCAAAGCUCUCAGCACAGGAAAAGAAGGAGCUGCUCUCGGACCUGGAGCAAGAAAAGCCACAGACCAAACUUCUGUACAUCACACCGGAGAUGGCGGCCUCAGCCUCCUUCCAGCCUACCCUGAACUCACUGCUGUCCCGCCACCUGCUCUCCUACCUGGUGGUGGAUGAAGCUCAUUGCGUUUCCCAGUGGGGGCAUGACUUCCGUCCUGACUACUUGCGUCUGGGUACCCUCCGUUCCCGCCUGGCGCAUGCCCCGUGUGUGGCUCUGACUGCCACAGCCACCCCGCAGGUCCAAGAGGAUGUGUUUGCUGCCCUGCACCUGAAGCAGCCGGUUGCCAUUUUCAAGACUCCCUGCUUUCGGGCCAACCUCUUCUAUGAUGUGCAGUUCAAAGAACUGCUUUCUGAUCCCUAUGGAAACCUGAAGGACUUCUGUCUUAAGGCUCUUGGACAGAAGACUGCUAAAGGGUCGCUCUCUGGCUGCGGCAUUGUCUACUGCAGGACCAGAGAGGCUUGCGAGCAGCUGGCAACAGAGCUCAGUCACAGGGGUGUGAAUGCCAAGGCAUACCACGCAGGGCUGAAGCCUUCUGAGAGAACACUGGUGCAGAACGACUGGAUGGAGGAGAAGGUUCCUGUCAUUGUUGCAACCAUUAGUUUUGGAAUGGGAGUGGAUAAAGCCAAUGUCAGGUUUGUUGCCCACUGGAAUAUUGCCAAGUCUAUGGCUGGGUACUACCAAGAGUCCGGCCGGGCUGGCAGGGACGGGAAGCCUUCCUGGUGCCGUCUCUAUUACUCCAGGAAUGACAGGGACCAAGUCAGUUUUCUGAUCAGAAAGGAAGUCGCAAAACUCCAGGAAAAGAGAGGGAGCAAAGCAUCUGAUAAAGCUGCUGUCUUGGCCUUUGAUGCCCUGGUGGCCUUCUGUGAAGAAUUGGGGUGCCGCCAUGCUGCCAUCGCCAAGUACUUUGGGGAUGCGCCUCCUGCCUGCACCAAGGGCUGUGACCACUGCCGGAACCCUGUGGCCCUGCGGAAGCAGCUGGAAGCCUUGGAGCACAGAAGCAGCUGGAGCAAGACUUGCAUCGGGCCUUCCCAGGGGAAUGGCUUUGACCCUGAGCUGUAUGAGGGAGGCCGCCGGGGCUAUGGGGGCUUCAGCAGGUAUGACGAAGGGUCUGGAGGCAGUGGGGACGAGGGCAGAGACGAGGCCCACAAGCGGGAAUGGAAUCUCUUCUACCAGAGACAGAUGAGCCUACGCAAGGGCAAAGACCCCAAGAUAGAAGACUUCGUACCUCCAGAUGAGGACUGUCCCCUGAAAGAGGCUUCCAGCAAGAAGAUCCCCAGGCUCACUGUGAAGGCCCGUGAGCACUGCCUGGGGCUUCUGGAAGAGGCUCUGAGCAGUAAUCGCCAGGUCACAGGGACCGCCGAUGGACCCGAUCUCCAGCCCAGGGCUGUGGAGCUGGAAUAUGAGAUGUUCCGAAAUGCCAAGGUGGCCAACCUGUACAAGGCCAGCGUGCUAAAGAAGGUGGCCGAGAUCCACAGAGCCUCCAAGGAGGGGCAGCUCUAUGACGUGGGAGGCGACACCAGAAGUCACAAUGCCCAGGCCCAGCCCCCAGAGCCCACCGAGUAUGACAUCCAGCCGGCCUCCCAAGUGUACUCGCCGAAACCCAAGCGAGUGGGAGCUGGUUUUCCCAAAGGCUCCUGCCCAUUCCAGACGGCCACUGAGCUGAUGGAGAAGACGCGGGCCGAGAAGCAAGCCCCCCAGCCUGUGCUGGGAGGUGAGCGGGAGCUCCCCAGCCAGCCCCGCAGCCUCCAGAGUGAGGACUGCAGUGAGUGCCUCCCGAGGCCCAGAGGAGAGGCCCCUGGAAGCGGUGCUCAUUGUGGGGGGUCCUCCCCUGAGAGGAAGGCGACAAGUCCCUCUAAGGGCGGUCCCCUUGCCAAGGCCCGGGCCAGCAAGAAGCAGCAGCUCCUAGCCGCAGCAGCCCUCAAAGAUUCUCAGAACAUCGUCCGCUUCUGCCAAAGGGCCAAGAGCCCGUCUCCCCUCACCUCAGCACCAGGGACAGGAGGUGCCAGCCUUUCCCGUGAGGGAAUGCGGGGACCCCCAGCAGUCCCAGAGAAGUGUGCAGGGGAGGAUGGAGCCCUGGGGUGUUUGGCUGCAUCCCCCCAGACCAAGGAGUGCACCAGUGAGAGGUCAAGGUCCUGCCCACCCAGAAACCAGGGGUCCCCUGAAGGCCAGCCCACCCCCACGAAGGAGACACACACGGGCAAGCGGCCCAGAACCCAGCAGGGGAGCCCAGAGAACCAGGCUCAGAAGAGGCCUUGCCUCUCAGCCAACGCCUGCAUCUUAGCUGAAGCUGAGGACAGCAUCUCGGCCAGCGAUCAGAACACCUUGAACCCUACAGCCCAAGGCUCCUGUCCUCUCCCAGUCCCUGGCAUCUCCCUCAAAGAGGCUGCAAAUGUUGUGGUCAAAUGCUUGACCCCUUUCUACAAGGAGGGCAAGUUUGCAUCCAAGGAAUUGUUUAAAGCCUUCGCCCGCCACCUCUCACACUCGCUGACUCAGAAGACUCCUCCCGGAAAGAGCGUAAAGGAAGAGGCCCAGCAUUUCAUCAAGCAGUUUUUCCAUGGCCGGGCCCGGUGCGAGAGUGAAGCUGAUUGGCACGGCCUGUGUGACCCACAGAGAUGACCGGCUGCUGCCCACUAGGGCCAGAGUGCUCCUCCGGCCUCAACCGGGGGCCAACCUGGGCCUCGCUCAGGAAUGGGAAGGUGGAAAGCCCGCAGCCAUCAGGAGCAUCCUCUUUGCUCAGGGUCCCUCCCCCCUCCAACCAUGCUUGCUUUGGAGAUGGCCCCAGAUGCCUCCUAAAUCAAGGUCGGAAGCCAGAGGCCAGUCACCUUUCUGCUUGCAAAAUCGGAGGUCUUCUUCCUCCUAGCCUCCCUUCCUCUCUUGGCUGGGUUUUCUGAGCCAGAUCCCCAGGUUAGGAGGUAGUGGGGCGGUGUCGCUGCUGCCAGGGGAACAGGAGGAAGGCGUGGUCCCUUCACCUCUUAUUAACAAGUUGUAAGCCCGGGUGAAGCCCACCCGUCUGAGGCGUUGGCCCCUUCAGGUCCUGGGCCACUCCCCCCUUCCCUUGCGAGGCCAGCUUCCAGGCUGGCCCUGGGUGCAGAGCUCAGGAGAAGGGCAGCCUCCACACCCUGCGCUCUGCUCAGUUCCUGGUCAGGAAGGCCGGGCCGGACUGAGACGUACCUGAGAAAUAAAAGUCCUGUUGGUUUUGACACCCCUCCCCCGCCAAACACAAA